AUGUUAGUCAACACCACUGCUACAACUCCAAUCUCUUGUGAAGUCAAGUUGCACCGUUCAAUAUGCACGGAGCUUCAAGGUUUAAUUGAUAGAAUUUUGCAUAUUAUUCUAUCUAUUGAAUCUGCAAGACCAAAUUGUGCCUUAGCAAUUCAAACACUGUGCUCUUUGCACUUCACUUUGGAUAAAGCCAAGUUAGUUAUCAAACACUGUUCUGAAUCCAGUAGACUCUUCCUGGCAAUUACAUCACAGAAGAUAGUUUCAAGAUGUGAAAAGAUAAGAGUCUCUUUUGAGUUGUACUUGGAUCAGAUUCGAAAUACUGUUCCAAUUCCAUUAGCUUCUGAGAUAUGUGCAAUACUAGAGGAUCUAAGGGAUACAAAAUUUUCGUUGGAGUUUGAAGAUGAGACUAGGAAAGUUUUAGUUUCACUACUUGAGAAGGAAUUUCCAGAUUCAGCUUCUAAAGAGAAUGCAGAACUUGAAGCUAUUCAAAUUGCAGCUUUGAGGUUGGAUAUGAAGUCUCCAAUCUCUCUCUUAGAGGAGAAAGAAAAUCUUAAGAAGCAAAUUGAAAAAGUCAAGAACGCAAACAAAAAAGAGAAGGAACUUCUAGAAUACCUUUUGUAUUUGUUGAUUAAAUAUGAGAAUUUUAUUUGA